AAUGUCAGCGUCCAUGGAAGUACUCCCACUUCCUAAUUAAUAAUUCUGUAAUAUGAGCUGAUGCACAAGGGAACUAUUGUCGUAGCACUGUAUAUUGUGUGCUGCUAUUUGUUUAACGCAACUAUGUAGAUGAUUUUGGGACGGUUUGUAAGGUCGUUGUGUUGUGAAGAUGUCUGCGAGUGUUGAGAAGGAGUUUGUGUUCACGUUCCGGAGUAAAAACCUCCGAUCCACGCUGACCGUUCCGGUGACCAUCCCACUGCCGACAUCGGUGUCCGAAUUUGUCGGGCGCGUCGUUCUCGCGCACAACCUGCCGUGUUUCGUCGAACAUGAAUUAAAAGAAUUACUAGAUGAGUUUGUUACCAAGGAAACAGCGAAGCUACACGAUGAGAAUGCCGAAGAAGUUAUGAUGAAAGUGAAGAACGGAAGCGUUUCGGCCCAGUCUCUGAUUGACAGGUGGAACAAGGCUUUUACUCAGGAAGUGAAGGAGUUUGCGAGGCCAGAGGAGGUGAGUAACGAGCAGGUGUUCUCAGAGGUGUACCACUCCCUGAUCCACUCCCCUGCCCUGGAGACCCUCCUCAACCUGGAGCACACAUACGCCAUGGCAAUGGACGACAUCAUCGAGCAGAGAAACCUCGACCUCGAACAUCUGGACAACACGCAACGUGGAGACAUGGAAGAAGCACUGAAGAAUGUUGGCAGUUCAUACACCGAUGAGAACAUCAACCAGUUAGCCCAAAGACACUUUGAUAGCAACCAGCUGAUCUCUAGUAAGUGGGUGAGUGAGUUGUUUAAUUACAGGAAUCAUUUGUGUAAUGAGGCAAGGGAAGAGUUUAUUAUGUUAGUGUUUAAUUACAGGAAUCGUUUGCGUAACCUGUCGACGACGUUACCGGAGGCGGAGGAUGCCGAGCGACAGGCUCACACGACACGACUCGAGGAGAGUUUCACGAUCCACCUCGGUGCCCAGAUGAAGACGACUCACAACCUGCGUUUGGUGUGUACCGACGUGCUGGAUUUCUGUCGACACAAGCCGCACACCGUCGGUGGUGUGAUGAUUCCGGAGCCUCAGCGCCUCCAGACAGCCAUGUCGCUGUACUCGACCUCUCUGUGUGGCCUCAUCCUGCUGGUGGACAAUCGACCCAACUCCUACACCGGCAUCAAACGAGACUUUGCCAAGGUUUGUGAGCAGUCCACAGACUUCCACUUCCCAGAUCUUGACGACCAGUUUGCCGUUAUACAGCAGGAACUCAUCACGGCUAAUGAGAUGCGAGGUCGGAGGUCACUGGAGCAGGAUGCAGACGAAGUGAGCAUCAAGAGUACUGGAAGUGUUGUGAGCAACACCAGUAACUCCAGUGGGAGUCAGGGGAGGCCGGCCCCCGCUGGCCCCGUGUGUCUGGAGACCGGUGACUGGUACGUGACGAAACACUCGAACCUGUCAGAGGUCCACGCAGUGUUCCACCUCGUCGUCGAUGGCACAGCACGCUCCAGCGACAUCUCGUCACGCCAUCCUGUCAUCCUUAGCAUCCGCAACAUCAUCAAGCUGUGUUUCCGCUACAACAUCGAUACGCUAACCAUCCCGCUCCUCCUAACUCACGAGAUGUCAGAGGUCAGUCGGGGAGAGACGGCUCAUUACAGGGGAGGUGGGGGAUUUGUCUUGGGAGGUGGUGCAACUUAACUAAUGCCUAAUAUA